CAUAACUUCCGUUUAUAGCUUGUUGUCUUAGCGUACCUCACAACAGUGCUCUUCAACACUGGAUUGCAGCGUAAAUGAAUGGAUAACCCUCAGCAGUUCAAUUAUAUGGGCGCUCCGCCGCCUCCCUUCAAUAAUCCCGCGGGUUUAGAUGCCGCUGUUUAUGCAGGAGGAGGUGCGGGGCCACCGCCGAUGCCUCCUCCACCUGCAGCGGGACACACAUGGAACAUGUAUCAACAUCCACCACCCGCGGUACAGCAUCACUGGCCCCCGUUUCCACCCUUCGACCCGAGCAGACCACCUCCGGGGAGCUUUGAACCUCCUCAGCCCGGCGAGAAACCGCCUCCGUCCUGGUCCCAGAACCAGUGGAAUCCUGCCGAACAUCAUUUCACGGGACAAUUCCCACCAAAUCAACACCAGUUUCCAAAUUCAACACCUCCAGCAUACCAGUCCAGCGCCAGACCUCAGGUUUACCCAUCUAACAACCAGUCUAUGAACAGAAGCUGGCUGGAUGACCAGCAAAACAACCAAAACCAGAGCAGAACCACCUCAAUAACAGCUUCUGAUGAAGAAUCAAUGCAGAGGUUGAGAGACGAGCAGUGGAUCCAGAGCUUCUUGACUAAAAGAAUAAAUAAACCCAUUGAACCAAAGCACACCGAGUCGAAACCAUCCAUCUCUCAGUUUAGAGAGAAGCUGUAUGGGACUGUUAAAAUGCUGUCUGAGUUGAAUAUGGUGUGUCAGAGGCUGAAGGAUAAUUUGGAGAAUCAGGAUGUUUGGACUGAGAGUUUUUCUAAAGCAACCGAACUGAAGAACAACAUACAGCAGAGCCUGACAGAUCUGAAGGACCCGGAUUGUGUCAGCAACAUCAGGAGGAAAUUACUGAUGAUUAACAAGAAGAGAGCACGGAUGAGGAGAAGAAAGAUGGAGCAAAUGGAGGAAAAGCUGGAACAGGAGGCUAAACGUGCUGAACGAGAGGCGGAGGUUGAUAAAUGGCGGAUGAAACGCAUUCAAGAAGUGGAGGAGAAGAACAGAGAGAAAGAGUUGAAGCUGGCUGCUGAUGCUGUUCUCUCAGAAGUCAGAAAGAAACAAUCCGACGCCAAGAGAAUGCAGGACAUCCUCAAAUCACUGGAAAAACUCAGAAAACUCCGGAAAGAGGCUGCAGCCAGGAAGGGUAUGUUUCCAGGAAAGGAGAGUGAUGAGAGAUUUGAGGGUCACUUGGAGCGGUUGAGGAGUCUGAUCCGUAAACGCACAGCUGUGUACGCCACUGAAGAGAAAGCUCUGAGAGUCAUGCUGGAGGGAGAACAGGAGGAGGAGCGCAAACGAGAUCGCGAGAAACGACAGAAGAAAGAAAAAGAGAAGCUGUUGCAGAAGAAACGAGAGGUGGAUGCAAUGCUGUUUGGAGCUGAAUUGCCACCUGAUCACCCUCUUCAGCCGUUCCUAAAUUACUACACACAGGCAGAGCGCUCCCUUCCUGCACUGAUUCAAAUAAGGAGAGAGUGGGAUCAGUUUCUGGUUUCUGCCGAACACCCCGAUGGUACAUCGGUUCCUCAAGGCUGGGUUCUGCCCGACCAACCAGCUGACGACAUCUGGGCCACGGCCCUGGAGAAAUGACAUUCAUGGCACAAGAGACUAUCAUUUCAUAAUGGGGAAAAUGGUUGACUAGGAAAAUGUGUGACCAGAUUAAAUUUUACAAAAAUAUUUCAGCCUAAAGAAAACUAAGCUUUUUUUCUUUUACAUUGUGACAUUAUUUUUAUAAUUUUAUAUAUCAUUUUACACAAAUUCAUAUUACCUUGCCUUGCAGAAUUUGCCAAAUGUAAAUUAUUUUACCAAAAUAAGAGGGAUUAUACAAAAUGCAUGUUAUUUGUUAUUAUUAUUAUUGUUACCUGAAUGAUCCACACCUGUGUUUUUUUUUUUUUUUUUUUUUGUUUGUUUGUUUCAUGAUAGCUGUUCAUGAGUCCCUUGUUUGUCCUGAACAGUUAAACUGCCUGCUGUUCUUCAGAAAAAUCCUUUAGGUCCCACACAUUCCUUGGUUUUUCAGGAUUUUUGUGUAUUUUAACCCUUUCCAAUAAUGACUGUAUGAUUUUGAGAUCCAUCUUUUCACACUGAGGACAACUGAGGGACUCAUAUGCAACUAUUACAGAAGGUUCAAACACUCACUGAUGCUCCAUAAGGAAAAAACAUGCAUUAAAAGUACAUUUAAUUUAUAUUGUCUUCUGGGAGACAUGCAGGUAUUUUCUGUAGCUUCUGAAGGGCAGUAGUAAAUGGAAAAAAUAUGACAUUUAGGCAAAAUAAGAAAAAUGUACACAUCUUCAUUCUGUUCAAAAGUUUGUACCCCCGGCUCUUAAUGCGUUGUGUUUCCUUCUGGAGCAUCAGUGAGUGUUUGUUUGAACCUUCUGUAAUAGUUGCUUGUGAGUCUCUAAGUUGUCCUCA